AUGAGCCAAUCACAGCAACUUCCUCCGCCGCGACGGCCUGUUGGUUCUGGUGCGUAUGGUCAGGACGAGCUGCACAUGUCGGGCAUGGUGUCGAGCCCACAGGGCCCGCACCUGUCAUCAUCGCGGGACUACGCGCCCCAGAUCAAGCUUGAGCAGCCGCCACCGACGACGCAGCCUCCGUCCCAGCAUCAACAACCGCCCGGAGCCAUGUCGGCCAAUACGGCGCCAACUGCCCUCCCCACCAUCCACGGCUCCAUGUCGUCGACGCCGCAACAUCAGCCGUCCUCCCACGACUACCACACGUCCUCGAAGCCGUCUCUCACCAUGCCGCACUCUCACUCCUACUCCCGCUCCAGCCCUACCGCUGGCUACGAUGUUCCCCCCUCCUCGUACCAUGCAUACACCCCCACGACCCCGACCGGUCUCGCAGAUAUUCGGCCACGUGCCGAUUCGAGCAUGUCCGACAGCGCUGCCGGCACCGCAGCCCACGAUUUGGCUAACGCUCAGCCGGGGCCUAGCAACUACCUGGCCCCCUGGGCGGUCUAUGCCCUUGACUGGUGCAAGUGGCCGCCUCAGGGUACCGGCGCAGGGAAACUGGCCGUAGGCAGCUACCUCGAAGAUGGUCACAACUUUAUCCAAAUCCUCAAUAGCCAGGUGGUUCCGACCUCACAGGACGUAUACACCCCCGGCUCAUCCAAGUACAGCCUGGAGUUCACCAAGGUUGCGGAAGCGACUCAUUCCUACCCAGUCACCAGACUUUUGUGGGAGCCGCCGUCUUCGCAGAAACAGUCGACCGAUCUCCUGGCUACAUCUGGAGACCAUCUCCGGUUAUGGUCGCUGCCGUCGGAAUCGCCCGCAAACCCAGGGAGCACUAUCACACGAGCUACACGCGACACCUUGGUCAAUAAAUUGACUCCGCUGGCGUUGCUAUCCAACUCCAAAACGCCCGACCAUACUGCGCCGCUCACUUCGCUCGACUGGAACACUGUUUCUCCCAGUCUUAUCAUUACCUCCAGCAUCGACACCACCUGCACCAUUUGGGACAUUCCGUCAUUGACUGCCAAGACUCAGCUCAUUGCUCAUGAUAAGGAAGUCUACGACGUGCGAUUUUGCGCCAAUAGCGUUGAUGUCUUUGUCAGCUGUGGACAAGACGGAAGUGUUCGCAUGUUUGAUCUGCGAAGCUUGGAGCACUCAACCAUCAUAUAUGAGCCGACAGGCAAGGAGGACAGAGACAACAGUGGCCGCACCAGCCCCACAGCCGCACAACUCACCCCGUCAAGCCCGCCCCCUCUGUUGCGCCUGGCGACUUCACCACACGACACGCAUCUCCUGGCGACCUUUGCUCAAGACUCCAACAUCAUCCGCAUCCUAGACGUACGGCAGCCUGGUCAGGCACUACUGGAGCUCCGGGGCCAUUCCGGAUCCAUCAACUGCCUGGAAUGGUCGCCUUUGCGGCGAGGCACCCUGGCCUCUGGUGGUGACGAUUGCCAGGUCCUCGUGUGGGACCUCCUGACGUCGGGCUCCUCGACGGGCAGCCACCCACCCAACGGUGCCGCGCAGCAGGACAAUAACCGAGGCCCGGUCGCAUGCUGGGAAUGUGAUUACGAAGUCGGAAACCUUGGAUGGGCCCCUCAUUUACCUAACGCCGACUACGGCGAAUGGCUCGCCGUCGGCGCUGGCCGCGGCAUCUGGGGCACCCGACUGAUAUGA